GUUUGUUUCACUAAAGCAAAGUAGUUCGGCGGUCACACAGUUUUCUGUCUCGAGAAAGGUGUAACGUGGAGGGAACUUCUUACUUUUUAUCGUCCUCAGUCUCCCUCCCCAUGCAUGCCGCCGAGAAACUCCUGCUCCUUGCUGACCAGGGAAAUUCGAAACGCUCUGGAUUGCAGUGGCAAACUCCCUUUUUUUCACGCACUCCAACUUUCGAUUGGAAGGCGUGGCGUUUCCGUUCCCGACUGAACUGACGCUAGUUUUCCCCCCGCAUUUCUGUGGACAUGCCGCGAUAAAAGCGCGAGGAAGCCCUCACUUACCAUCGAAGCACGCUUUCUUCCGAAGAAGGAACAACACAAAGGAGUGCCUGAGCGAUUCGCAGACGCAGAAUUUCGUCUGUUUCCUUUUGAGCUUGGGAAGGGCGUUCCGGAAAUUCUCAGCCCCCUUUUCGUUGUGGAUCUAAAUUGUCAGACUACCAUCUCUCUGAAGGAACCGAGAUCCACUCAACAAGGAAGUUUUCUUUUGAAUCUACCACUCUCUGAUUGGUGCGCUAGAAACGGUCACGUUCUGUUUUCUGUGAAGUCCUGCGGUCUGCGUCUUUCGUACGCGGACACACGUUUCUUCGCCGCCCUUCUUUCUCGUUUGCCUUCGGUUGCAGUAAGCGAUUUUAGCGGCUUGUGUCCGCCACAGAUCUUUUCGUUCUUGGUUGUUUUGCGGACUCCAGUCCGUCGCAUGCGGUGUUAUACCCGCAUUCGUCUAAGUUGCGUUCCUUCUCACCAGCGAGAAGAACUGCGGCCAUCCAACGGUAGAGUUCUCGUGUUAAGACGAGUCUUUUUCUCUGCGUUACGUCGUGUGAGAUCCACUCUUUCUUCUCCUGCGCGUUUCCGCAGAGGCGAAGUCUCUUUCUGCAUUCUCCCCAUCUAACUUGACGCCCACCGUGACUUUCAGGGAAAGGCGUUACACACGCCUACAUCCAUUCAAAAGUCUUUUUCUCUGCUGACACCAACAGCGCGUGUCACCGCCUCCCUUCCCCUUCUCCUCCAGCUUUCGAGUGCCUGUCUCGUUCUCCUGCUUUUCACUGCGAGCGAAGGUGCAGAACUCGUCUUCUCCUGCCAAAGAUUCCCUACUUGCUGCGUCCGGCUGUACUCAAAGCGCGGUGCCGCGCAAGGUUCCCCGUUGCCCUGAUGAUCUUUGUUCCCUCUGUGCGGCCAAGCGAUUGCAGUCCAGAAGAAGACAGCCCACUCCAUCUGUGCUCUGCCAAUCCAGUGCACUUGGACCCGGUAAACAGAGACCUUCGAGGUCGCACACCGGAGUGGAGAACUCCGCAAGAGCGUUCGUUCCACCACGCGAAGUCGCGCAGCGAGGCGUUUCAUUUCAGCGCUGCCCCAGAUGGAGUCUGCGUCGCCAGCUGGCAGCGGCCAAGCGCCCGGGGUCGCGAAAAGCUUCCACGAUGGACCUCGAGAAAAAUCUCACAUUUACUUCGGCCCAGUCUCUGCUGCAGCGCCUGAGGGAGUUGCAGCUGUCUCAGACGUUGUGGGCGAAGUUGACGCAUCGCCACCCGACGACGGAGAAGAACCUGCUGUGCAGAAGCAACAGGAGCUUUUGAAGCGUUUCGAAGUCCAGCAAAAAGCCUCGAACUUCCAAGCGGUCUGUCCGACGCACGACCGCACUGUCAGAAAAGUUUUGCGCGCACUCGGACACCCGAUCUGUCUCUUUGGCGAGGGCCCUUUCGAACGGAGACAGCGACUGAAGGUUCUCUUCGCGGAAGGUGUCUCCCUCUCUCCGGAGGAGCUGCAAAACUUUACGCUGGAGGACGAAUCGCUCUCGCGAGCGGCGCGCGUCGAAGAGGCCUCAGCGGAAGACGUGGCGGAGGACGAACUUUUCUUCACGGAGGGAACGGAGUCGCUCCUCGAAGCCCGUCGGCUUAUGUUCGGGGACAGCGUGCGGCGCGCGCGUCUGCGACUGCGACAGGAGCAGCAGCUGAAGCGGGACGUACCGAAGCCUCUGUCUUUCAAGUCUCAGGCCGCGUUGCUGCUUCCCUCUGCUUCCUCCCCUUCUCUCUCGCCUCUGCCAAAGGACUCCGUUCUGCGGCGCGUUUGCCAGUUUUGCUCUCACCUGCAAAGCCAGCUAGCUGUCCGUGCAUCGCAGGUUGGCGACGACCGUCCGCUCACGUGCUGCAGAUUCUCCCCAGGAAGCUCGCGUCUUCUCCGUUUCUCUUCGCGCCCUGACAUCGCGACGAAAGCCACGGAAGAAGGAAGCGAGGAGACGGGUGAGGCGCCGUUGAAGCGAGUAAAGACAGAGCGUGGAGAGUCCGAUACGGCCGAGGCAGACAGAAGGAAGGCGGCGAGGGAAGAGGGCGUGAGUUGCUUGGGAGAAAAGGCAUCGGACCUAAUCGCGGAUCCCCACUUGCAGGAGUCGUGGGGUGGAGACUCUCAGUUCCUUGCUACCAGCAGCUGGAACGAAGUCGUGAAACUCUGGUCAGCACAAGAAGGGGAGCUUUUGCUGGAACUGAGAGGCCACACAGGACGCGUGCAUGCGCUUGCCUGGAGAGACACUCCAGAGGGAGAGGCCCCGUCAGACAGCGACAAAGUCGAAAAGGGCGGCGUUCCCCUGCUUCUGGCGAGUGGCGGUGCGGACGGGGGGAUCUGUUUGUGGGAUAUUCACCGCCUGCAGCCGCGGAAUUGUGCUGGCCUGGCGUCUUCUGCAAAAACUUCAAGCAGCAACCAGAACAGUCGAGAGCUGCUGGUCUGCAAGCUGGAGGGUCACGAAGAUCGAGUCAACCGCGUGGCUUUCCAUCCCUCGGGGCGCUUCCUGGCUUCGACUUCUCACGAUGAAACCUGGAGACUGUGGGACGUUGAAAAACAGCAAGAACUUCUCCUCCAGGAAGGCCACGCUGCGGCGGUGUACGGGGUGUCCAUACACCCCGACGGCUCGCUGAUUGCCACCACGGAUCUGUCGGGGGUCGUGCGAGUGUGGGAUCUGCGUACUGGCCGGACAGUUAUGCCUCUCGUGGGUCACGUGAAACAAGUCGUUUCGGCUGCGUUUCACCCAAUCUUGGGGAAUCUCGUGGCGACGGCGUCGGACGACCACUCGGUGAAGAUUUGGGAUCUGCGCAAGGGGCUGAGCAAACAGUCUCAGAGCAGCCUCGCUGGCUCGAACCACGGCCCGCACCCGGGCAGUUCCUCUCACAGCAACAAACCGAGUUCAAACGUAGUGACCACCGUUCUCGCGCACAACAAACUGGUCACGGAGGUCCUGUUCGAGCCCGUGUACGGCAGGUGCAUGUACACGUCGUCGUUCGAUGGCCUCGUCAAAGUUUGGAGCGUGAACGACUUUGCGUGUCUGAAGACGCUUGCCGCGCAUGAGGGCAGAGUGAUGAGCAUGGACGUGAUGAAGGGCGGGGAAACUCUCGCGAGCGUCGGCUUCGAUCGGACCUGGAAGUUGUGGAAGUGUGGCGCGCGCUUCUGUGCACCUCGGCCCUCCACCGAAAAGACCGGAGAAACCGCCGCAAAAUCUGAGGCCUAGGCGCGGAACGAGGCGUGGGGAACUCUUUCUUUCACACGAAAGAGGAGACAAAGUUCGCAGCUUUGACAAAUGGCGUUGGCUCCUCUCCUCGAUGUACGAACCCCGGCUUUGAUUAAGAGAGAGACUCUGCCGCUCACGCUUCUUCCCCUCGUUUGAACUGCGAACAAACGGCGUAGUUCCAACGAUAGGCGGCGGGAACGCCGUUGGGAGAGAAGCCCUUUGUUUUUCUGGACACCUUCUUGUCUAGGGUGGGAGAGAGAUCGGGUGCGUUUGUGGCAUGAGCUGAUGAGCAGAAAAGAAUGCACCAUUCUGCGGCGGAAACGAAAAGAACUGGAAGGUUUGCGGGUUCUAUGGAGUACUCGUGAAAACAAAUGGCGCAGUGGAUUCAAAGAAGGAUUGCUUGACGUGAGGACCGUUUGCGGGGAGGUCUCUUUCGCGGCAUGAUUUCGAGCAACAACCGAUCUGUCAACAUUAUUCUCGUGAUUCAUCACAAGAGUGAGCUGACUGCCUUUCUUUCGAAGACACACUUUUGGAACACGAAGUUGGAGAAGUCGCCUGGCGCUCUGUGGGUGUCUCCAAAUACUGAACCGAGAGACUUGGAGUCGCGUCGGAGCACAAGGUCUCAUGCGAGAGUUCACCCUUCAUCGUUUCAUACAUUUUCCUUUCACGCCGC